UUCUCUCUUUUCUUCUUUCCCUCUUCUUCUUUUUAAUAAUAAAUAUACCUGCUGUUAUACCCCAUCUAAUUGUUGGACAUUUUUCUUAAAAAAAAAAGAAAUGGGAUUCAACGUUGCCGAUCAGUUUCGUAAAUGGAGAAGAAACUCAAACCAACGAGAAUUGCCUGCUGUAGAUAAUGGACUAGGCUAUGAGAAUAGUCCCACAGAGGCCUCUGUAGCAGCAACAGUAGCAAUUGAUCCAUCAUUAGCAGACAAGAACCCAAAGAAACUCCGAAAACCACCAGCAAAGCAAUACCCUCCCAGUCCUGAUACCUAUUUGAAUGGCAUUGGCGAUUACACUUUUAUCCGUCAAGUAGGCCAAGGUAAAUUUAGUAAAGUCAUGUUAUCAUACCACUGUUUGACAAGAAAACAGGUGGCUGUAAAGAUAAUUGACAAAAGAGUACAUGAUUAUAGAGUCAUGUCGAGAUUAGUCCGGGAAAUAUCAUUAAUGGAAGUAUUGGAGCAUCCCAACAUUGUUAGAUUAUACGAGACAUAUGAAACAACAGACUCUUUAUACCUCGUUAUGGAAUAUGUCGAAGGUUUCAAUUUAGAUGAGUAUCUACAGCAAAAAGGUGGUAGGAUAAAUGAAGCAGAGGCAAGAGAUAUAUUCCGUCAAAUGGCAGCUGCAAUGGAUUACUGUCAUUCCAAAUGGGUAGUUCAUCGUGAUUUAAAGGCACCAAACAUCCUCUUAACAAAGGACUUUCAAGUGAAAAUAGCUGAUUUUGGUCUUGGAAACAGGUUUGGCAGAAGAAGAUUAAAGACUAUAUGCGGAUCCAUGCUUUAUUACAGCCCUGAAAUAAUCAAUGGACAAGGAUAUACUGGACCCGAGGUGGAUUGCUGGUGUCUGGGUGUUUCGUUAUACAGAAUGACUGUGGGCGAAGAACCUUUUUCCCGUGCAAAUACUGUGGGAGAUCUAAGAAAAGACGUGACAGCAGGACAGUAUGUUAUACCCAGCUACCUCAGUACAGGCCUUAACAACACAAUAAAGAAAUGCAUGUCGAUCGAUAAAACCAAAAGAACCCGAGUACAUUUAGCAUUGAAAGACGACCCGUGGCUCACAGGCAAUGGAACGUUACCAGAUAUUUUCAGUUACAAUAAACUACAACAUAGUACAAGCACAUUACCGCCUGUGAUUUUAAGCAAGGAAGAUGAAUUAGCUCGACUAAAAAAGGAAAAGGAGAGAUUAAAGUUUCAGCACAUGAGAGACAUGGAAGACGAAAAGAGAAGCAAGAAAUUUAUAAAAAGAACAAUUAUAUGCCAUCCGAAAAAUCCCUCUAUUUAUUUCACAAGCGCUGUACCACAUUCGGCAAAACCUGAAGACAAAUAUACCAAUAGUGAAACGCAACGUCAUUUGCUCUUCCAAAAAAUUAACGAAAUCUCUCAUCAAAUUCAAUUAUCAUCAACACAAAAUGCUGGAAAAUCGCCUAUCCGUCAUUUGCUUCGAAAAUUGAAACAACCAGAAAAUGUGAGCGUCAAUGGAAAUACUUCUGCAAACUCUCUUCAUCUUCGUAAUGAUGGCUCUUCUACAGAUAUCAGUAAUACAUCAUCUUCUGGUAACGCAUCCCCUACUCCCACAAAAACAAUUGUAAGAAAAUCAACGUCCAAUAUGAGUUUAUCUCAACUCUAUCAAAGAGUCACCAAAGAUCAAAUUCACUAUUACACUUUCCAAUUGACACCACAAACAGCCAUGCGACUCACUGGUAUAGCCGAAUCUUCCUUCUCUUUGCAACACACGCAACAAGACGAAUUUACAAUGAUGCUCAUCAUUCGAGGUAUUUGUGAUAUUAUGGGUAUAACCUAUCACCGCGAUAAAAACGAUCACUUAAUAUGUGUCAUGGCAUUGAGCGAUUACAUCAAUGAAAAGCCUCGAUCGUUUUAUAAGCUGAGGAGAAGAGAUAGUAAGAUUGCUUCAUCCAAUCAAUCCUUAUCCGGACAAAACAGGGAAGGUAGCACAGGUAGCCAACAAUCAUUUAGUCGUAGUAGCGCAGGAGAUAUGAAUCGAUCCUCUUAUUUCGGAAGCAGCCGCUUUAGUAAAUUCAAACGAAUGACAAGUAAUGUUCUAUCCAGCAUAUUCCCAUACCACUCAUCUACGCUCGUUGUACAAGAUAGUCGAUCCGUGAGAUAUCCACCUUUUCCUACCUUAAACAGACCGGGUUCAUCUCAAUCGUCACAAAACUCACAAACAACAAAUACGAAUAAUAAUAAUGAAAAUGAAAAUCAAGACGGAGAGGAUAAAAAAUCCGGUGUUGCAAUUUUUGCUAUUGAAAUCAUAUCCUUGUCAAAAGACUCCAUUCAAAAUCGAAUUACAGCUAUUAAAAUCUCCAAAAUCGAAGGCUCAUCCAAAGUGUUCCGGAUCGCCUGUGGAUGGUUGACUGGUGCAAUUGGACAGAAUAUUACACCUGCACAGUUGAGUGAUACCUUCAACAAUUUGACUGCCACUAUUCACGGUAGUAGCACAGAUAUACCCAAUAUGAUACUUCAGCAGCAGCAGCAGCAAGCAAAAAGACUUUCGAGACCAAAAUCCGUCGCUAAUUUGUUACAUACUCAACCAGUACCUCCUAUUCAACAUACAUGUCCUUCCCCACCUCAUCUAUUAGAUUCCCCUCCUUCAUCAAGUGGCCAAUUUGAAGUAUCUACUUAAUAAUAAUAAAAAAUCACACACACACACACAUACACACACAUACACACCACUCUUCUUAUUUUUUUUUCUUUCGGUGGUUUUGUUUAUUCUUUUCCAUCGCCUAAUAAUAAUUGUGGUUCAUCCAUUUCUAAUUGCUGUUGUGGAAGAGACUCGUCUAAAGUAAUCAAAU